GUAAUAAAAAGGCCCAAUUCAAGUAUCUCGCUUAUAAAUAGAGAGUGGAAGCAUUACUGGUUUAACUAGUUGGGGCAGCUUCGAACUUAACCUUCAGCUUGCACGCUUACGCUCAUAACGGCUUUAGGGUUGGGAGCUUACUCUUUUCUGUGCGACAUACCAUAUAGCAUAUAAUGUAAAUUCUCAUUCUCAGAAAUUUUAAUAUUCCAAGUACCUUCACUUUGAAGGAUGGCUUCGGAAGAGUCCUCUCAGAAUGUAUUGGAAUGGGUGCAAAAUGAUAAGCACCGCUUUCUCCAUGCUGUUUAUCGAGUUGGAAACCUGGAGAGAACCAUCAAAUUCUACACUGAGUGCUUUGGGAUGAAAUUACUGAGACAAAGAGACAUUCCAGAAGAAAAGUAUUCAAAUGCUUUUCUUGGAUUUGGACCUGAGGAGUCUCAUUUUGUCGUGGAACUGACUUACAAUUAUGGAGUUGACAAGUAUGACAUUGGCACCGGGUUUGGACACUUUGCAAUUGCAACUGAAGAUGUAUACAAGCUGGUUGAGGAUAUCCGAGCAAAGGGAGGAAAAGUCACAAGAGAACCAGGCCCUGUAAAAGGGGGUACAAGUACAACAGUGAUAGCAUUUGUGCAGGAUCCAGAUGGUUAUAUAUUUGAGCUUAUUCAAAGGGGACCCACUCCAGAGCCACUGUGUCAAGUCAUGCUUCGUGUUGGAGAUCUUGAUCGAUCCAUUGCGUUUUACGAAAAAGCUUGUGGAAUGAAACUCUUGAAGAAAAAGGAUAACCCGGACUACAAGUAUACAUUAGCAAUGAUGGGAUAUGCGAAAGAGGAAGAGACAACUGUAUUGGAGCUAACAUAUAAUUAUGGUGUUACUGAGUACACCAAAGGCAAUGCAUAUGCACAAAUUGCACUGGGCACAGAUGAUGUAUACAAGAGUGCGGAGGCUAUUCGUAUAGUUAUACAGGAACUUGGUGGGAAAAUAACUCGGGAACCAGGACCAAUACCGGGGCUUAGUACUAAAAUUACUUCUUUCCUUGAUCCUGAUGGUUGGAAAGUGGUGUUUGUUGACAAUGCCGACUUCUUGAAAGAGCUCCAGUAGGAUGGCUGGAGGGUCAAGCGCUGCGAUAUGCUUCUUGAUUAAAUAUAUAUAUUAAAUAUAUAGAGAUUAUGCAUAUUGAACUAGAAAACAAACGAUGUGACUGUUAUGCUCUGUUUAUUGCAUGUACUUAAUUAUAUGGUAUGGUGAAGUUUGAUAUUUAAACAUAA